ACCGCGCACAUCUCUGCUGUCUGAUGGCCGGAGCGAGCGCCUGACAUACUGCGCGUACUAGAAUCACUCCAGCACCGGAGAACGACGCGUGUGGGACAUACAGAACGGCUGACUCUAGAGCGAGCGUGGUGCCGGCCGCAUUCUUCGCAAGACAUUUGACUGAGGCGUGUUGUUUUUUCCCCCCAUCCAAAUCGGCGCGUUUGCAGCUGUCGCGGCUGCGGGUUCGGGGAGUGCCGCUCCUCGCUGACUGACUGACGGACUGUCUGCAGGUCGGGCAGCUGUGGAUCUCUGCUCGCUGUUUACAGUCAAUGAUAGAUACACAACAAACUGCCCCGACUGAACACAGAUCAGUGUGAGUUCCAGUGUGUGGACGGAGUGAAGCCCAUAGAGGAAAAUGAGUGAACUCGACCAGUUACGUCAGGAGGCUGAACAGCUCAAGAACCAGAUCAGAGAUGCACGGAAAGCUUGCGCGGACGCCACGCUCUCUCAGAUCACAGCCAAUAUUGAGCCUGUUGGUCGGAUUCAGAUGCGCACUAGACGGACAUUGAGAGGACACUUGGCAAAAAUCUAUGCCAUGCACUGGGGAACUGACUCAAGGCUUCUUGUCAGUGCUUCCCAGGAUGGAAAACUUAUUAUCUGGGACAGCUAUACUACAAACAAGGUGCAUGCCAUUCCACUGCGCUCUUCAUGGGUGAUGACUUGUGCAUACGCACCUUCCGGAAACUACGUGGCCUGUGGAGGUUUGGAUAAUAUUUGCUCCAUCUACAACCUGAAGACCCGCGAGGGGAACGUGCGCGUCAGCCGUGAGCUGGCCGGACAUACAGGUUAUCUGUCCUGCUGCCGUUUCGUGGAUGAUAACCAGAUUGUAACUAGCUCAGGCGACACCACCUGUUCUCUGUGGGAUAUUGAGACCGGGCAGCAGACAACCACAUUUGCAGGUCACACUGGUGAUGUGAUGUCACUGUCUCUGGCCCCAGACACUCGCCUGUUUGUGUCGGGCGCCUGCGACGCCUCUGCUAAACUCUGGGACGUCAGGGAAGGCAUGUGCAGACAGACUUUCACCGGCCACGAGUCUGACAUCAAUGCCAUCUGUUUUUUCCCCAAUGGGAAUGCGUUCGCCACUGGCUCGGACGACGCCACCUGCAGGCUGUUUGACCUGCGUGCCGACCAGGAGCUGAUGAUUUAUUCUCACGACAACAUCAUAUGCGGCAUCACCUCCGUGGCCUUCUCAAAGAGCGGACGCCUGCUGCUUGCUGGCUACGAUGAUUUCAACUGCAACGUGUGGGAUGCUCUUAAAGCCGACCGCGCAGGUGUUUUGGCGGGUCAUGAUAAUCGUGUUAGCUGCUUGGGUGUAACUGAUGAUGGGAUGGCUGUGGCUACAGGAUCCUGGGACAGUUUCCUUAAGAUCUGGAAUUAAAACCGGAAGAUGGUGUCUGGACUCUAAGGUUCACUGGAAGACCAUUCCACAAUCAAAAUGUUCAAUUUUAUUCUCCUAUCUCCUAUCUUCUUAAACACAACAGAACUGACCCCAGCAUCUAUAAAUGACAAAGAGCAAAAAUUUCUCCUUUUGAAAAGAAAAAAAAGAAAAAAAAAAAGAGCACAAUUGUUUCACUCCUCUAGAUUGUAGUUGGUAAGUGGAUACAAGUUGGUAAUUGUGCAUUCCUUCUGGGACCAUUUUCUGAUCUUGUAUUGAAAGAACAUAAAAAGACUCAUUCCACUGCUAUUGUCAUUAUGCUAACAUCAUCUAUCUUCAACAUGAAAAGAAGCUGUUUCUCUAAAACGAUAGCUUUCUGGGCCUUUUUUUAUUAUUUUAUUUUUUUGGACCCCUCCCCCAAGUUAUUUGUUGGUUAAGGUUCAAAAUUGAGGGUUGCAAGCGUGCUUUUGUAUCCUAGUUUUUAAAUAUGUUAGAAUCGAGUUUGUAGUUGGGAUAUAAAAGAAGCGUGAGAUUAUCAAUGUUGUCAAAAUCAGAUCGGGGUCCACUAGCUGCUAUCAGGCCUGUACAUUUAGUCCCGUUUUUAGUUUUUUUAGUUUUUUUUUUGAGGGGGGUGAUCUAGUUGCAAAUAUUUUGUUUGGACAAGUAAUUGCAUAUAUAGAAUAAUGUUGAAAAGCACGUGCUGUUCAUAAUGACGAAUGCUUGAUUUUCAAAGACGAAACCAUGUCUCCCUGUAUGCCCCCCCUUUGGAAAAUGUAGAGUAAUUCAAUGAAGAUUAACCAGUCAGUUUAACAUUUUUUUAUUUUUUAUUUUUUUUAUUAUUAUUUUUUUUUUUAUCAUAUCCAAUUUUUCUCUGUCUGUUUGAACUUGAUGUGGAAGAUGUUGGCAGGUGGGGUGGGGCAGUUCUUGUUUCAACAUUUUCAGUUUCAACAAAGGUGCCCGUUUUGUGCUUGGAAAACAGUUACUACUCUGUGAAUGACAUGUUGUAUAAAUCAGUGUUUGAAAAUAAUGAUACUGAAAACUUUUUAAGUUAAAAAUCAAAGAACUAUUUGUUUUUUGUUUUUUUUGGUUGUCUGCCAUGAGUGUGAAACUCUUAGAAUCGCAUGCUGUAGAAUUGCUUAAGAGGUGCAUAUGGAACUUCAGUCCUUGACGUUUUUCUUUAAAAAAAAAAAAAUAACCUGUAGAUCAUCACAGUAUUUAUAUUUCUUUCCCUUUUUUUUUUUUUUUUUUUUUUUGCAACUCUGUGCAUACAUAAUUCAGUUUAACUUUCAAAGCUAUGCACUUAAGAGAAGCAAACAUGAUCACAACACAUGAAUGGUGAGUUGUUCCCUGUCCCUGGAGAGUUUGUGAAUCACACACACAAAUACCUAGAACAAAGAAAUGAUAAUUCUCUCUGUAGCUAAAUAAAAUUUAAAAUACAAAGACAAUGCUUUUUGUAAGGUUUUUUGUUCUUUAAUAUAAAAAGAAAAGAAUAAUGCAGCAUUUGAAUGGCAGUUUUCUCUCCACAUGUAAAGAAAAGCACUCUUUCCUUAGCUGUAGUGGCAUUUCUUCCAUUCUGUUAUUCCUCUGCAACAUUCUGUACAAAAACAAAAAAGUGCUGUCAUUGUGCAUUAGGCCUGGAGUCGGCAGUGAAAAUAAAAGACUAAAACUGAACUAAAUUUCCUUUCUGCCUCUCUCCUUACAAAUAACACACAGCUCUACGUUCCCCACUGUUCCUUUAUCCAUCUUUUGUAUUUAAUUUUAAAGUCAGUGUAAAACAGAAAGCUGGAUGCAAGAUAGAAACUAUAUUAAAAUGUACUGUUAUUUAAGAUGUAAUAAAAGCAGUUUGA